GGUAUGGAAACUGUACCUCUUCCAGGGUGAAGAGUCGGAGUCCCACCACCCCUUGCUUCCUUGCUUCCUGUAUCAUAGCCUUUGUGUAUCAUCCCCACUCUCUGAAGACCCCAGUUUGUUCUGAAGUUCUUCUGCCCCUGGCUCAUGGAAACUCUUCCUGGCGGUACACUUGUGGCAUCUUGAGCACCAGUGAGACAUCCUUGGCCUGGGGGCUUUAGAGUAAUUACUAAUGGGCAAGGUGUUUGGGUUCCUGAGGAAAAACUGCCAGUCAAUCCUGGCUGAGUCUCAGCAUUGCCCAGGAGAACUUAAUGAGACGAAAGAAGGUGGCAACAUGAAGAGGAAGAAAAGAGUGCAGCUAAGAGAACAUCUUAGUGCCUGGGACUACCCUCACGGCCCAGUUGGUUUACACAACAUUGGACAGACCUGUUGUCUUAACGCCCUAAUUCAGGUAUUCAUUAUGAACAUGGACUUCACAAAGAUAUUGAAGAGAAUGUCAGUGCCAAAGGGACCAGAAGAGCAAAAGAGAAAUGUCCCAUUCCAGCUGCUUCUACUGCUGGAGAAGAUGCAGGACAGCCGGCAGAAAGCAGUACGACCCAUGGAGCUGGCCUACUGUCUCCAGAAGUACAAUGUGCCAUUGUUUGUCCAGCAUGAUGCUGCUCAGCUCUACCUCACAUUCUGGAACCUAAUCAAGGAUCAAAUAACUGAUAUGGACUUGGCAGAGAGGCUACAGGCCCUGUACACCAUACAGGUGAAGGAGUCCUUGGUUUGUCUCAGCUGUACCAGAGAGAGCAGUAGGAACAGCAGCAUGCUGACCCUCCCUCUUUCUCUUUAUGACAUGGACUCAAAGCCUCUCAGAACACUGGAGGAUGCCCUGCACUAUUUUUUCCAUCCUAGGGAGUUAGCCAACAAAAGCAAGUGGUUCUGUGAGAACUGUGGGAUGAAGACACGUAGAAAUCAGGUCUUGAAGAUGACACAGUUGCCCCAAACCUUGACCAUUCACCUUAUGCGAUUCUCCAUUAGAAAUUCACAGACUGAGAAAAUCUGCCACUCUUUGCAUUUCCCUCAGAGUUUGGAUCUCAGUCAGAUUCUUCUGACUGAACAAGAAGACCUCAGUGAGGCUGCAGAGCAGCCUGAAGGGCAGUAUGAACUCUUUGCUGUGAUUGCCCAUGUGGGGAUGGCGGACUUUGGUCAUUACUGUGCUUAUAUCCGGAAUUCAGUGGAUGGAAAAUGGUUCUGCUUCAACGACUCCAAUGUUUGUUGGGUUUCCUGGGAAGACAUCCAGUGCACCUAUGGAAAUCAUAACUACCGCUGGCGGGAAACUGCAUAUCUUCUGGUUUACACGAAGAUUGGAGGUUAAUGGAUAUACUCUACACCUUCGGAGACUGACAAAUUAAUUUCCUUUCUUGUCAUUGGAUCUUCUAAGUCUUCUAGGAGAUUCUACAAUGAGGAAAAAAUAAUUUAAAAACUAUAUGAUGAUUUAAAUCUUAAGUUAUAACCAUGAGUGAUUAUAUUGAUAUCAUUGGAAUGUGGUUUGUCUCCCAAAGGUCAUGUGACAAAGCUUGGUGCCCUGUAUAGCAAUGUUGUGGGACAGAAUCUUUUGUGAGGUAAGGCUUGUGUGGAGCAACUGUAGCUCAUGCUUGUAAUCCUAGCAACUCGGGAGGUUGUGAUGGUUCAAAACCAGAUAGGGCAGAAAACUCCACGAGACUUACCUUCAAUUGACAACUAAAACAAAAGUUGGAAGUGGAGCUAAAGUGGUAGUGUGUCAGGAUUGAGUGAAAAAGCUAAGGAACCACACCUAAGACUAGAGUUCAAGGCCUAGUGGUGCCCCCCUGUCUCCCAGUGAACUAUUUCAGCUAGGCCCCGUCUUUGAAGUUACCAGAACCCCUUGAAACUAGCACUGCUAUCUGGAGAGUAAGCAACACAUGAGCCUGUGGGGGACAUUUCGUUUUUGAACCAUAACGUUAGUGAACUAGGCACAAUAAAUAAACUUAUUUCUCUCAAAAGGAGUGUAUAGUUUAUAGCUUAAUGGAGGUAAUUAAAACAUAAGAUGCUAAUGAUUUGUGCUAUAGAAACUAAAAAGAAGCUGGGAUCCCUUCUUUAGUGGAAGUCUUGAGGCUGUAGAGAGGGUUAGGGGUUAAGAUAGUCCAUAUAUACAGAAAAUAUACUCAAAAGAAUAGCUGAGAAAGUCAAUACUCAGAGGUCACAGAAAUCACAAACCUGACUUCUUUAUACCAAGGAUCUAAAUGGUGAAAGGUAAGGAGGUGGU